ACACAAUACUAAACACACAAGAGGGCUGUAAACAAAAUCUCCUUUAUACUUUGUGUGCAAAGCUUGUUACAUUCAUGUAGGAGUAUUUAUGUGGGAUAUGUUCAACCGAGCUGGAGACUCCAGUGUCAUAAUAACAGGGUGCACGUGUGUCCUCAAACAGCUAAUUGCCUGUAAUUUGAGCAUUUAUUGAAACCUUGCAUUGACCUGAGCUACUGUGCUUUUCUGCUGUAAAGUCGCAUGUGUCUUGUGUGCAUCCAAUGGAUUUGUGAUUGCAUGGUAAACUUGAAAUGGUUAUUGCAUAUCUGGCCUUUCAAACCAGUUACAUGCAUGUGAUUCUCACAAAAUGAUAAAUGUUUCUUCUUGGUUUAAUAGCUGUUACUAAUUGUGUUUAAGGUCAUCCAGAUUGAAGAUAGAAGGAUUUGCCUUGGAUAUUUCAUACCGUUUGUAUUUCCUAACAGCAUUCCUUGUCCUGUUGCCUCACAUGCUGGUCAUGAGUCCCAGCGUUGUCCCACUGGGAUCCAGCUGUUCUUCGGACUGUCCGUUUUUUUCCAGGAACUGACAGUGUCACAGUCCAUUACUGCAGGAACAUUCAUUAAAAAGGGCUUGUUCAUUGAUUCAGAACAUUUUAGAUGAAUCAAAGUCAGACGUCAGAGCUUCAAGGGCAGAGGAAGAAUCUCACAGGAACUCAAAAACGGAAACAUGAGGUGGUGAGAAAUUGGCGUUUUCAUGAGGAAUAAGGCAGGUUUGAGCCUUUGGUAUAUAAACCAAAGACGCCAUCAAGAGCUGAAAUCGAAAGAGUAGAGGAAGUCGUGAAGGACUUUUCUGAGAUAGCAGCACAACAACACUGGACUGUAAUAAAUCUCAGUAAACAUGCAGCCCACUAUGGAGGAGUUCGACUCGGAGGAUUCUGGUGUUCAAGAUGUGGGACCUCAAAUAAACGUGCUGGUGGUCCAGAUCCUGGAGACGAUGUCAGUGCUGCUGUUGCGGAUCAGACAGAAGCUUCUGGAAAUUUCUAUUCUGAUCUGUGUGAUUCUGCUGGUGUUCUGGGUGGCUUUAUUCCUCUAUGGCAGUUUCUAUUAUUCCUUUAUGCCCACAGCCAAUUUCAUCACACCUGUCUACUUCUUCUACAGCAGGACUGAUUGUCCAUCUCCUCAUCACUCUGUGUGUUCUUUCCCUGUGGCUAAUGUCUCUUUACUGAAAAAUGGAAAACAUCAGGUAAUGACAUACGGUCAGCCUUAUCGCAUCACACUAGAGCUGGAAAUGCCUGAGUCUCCAGCCAAUCAGGAGCUGGGAAUGUUCCUAGUAAAAAUGACUCCCUAUUCUAAAGCUGGUCACAUUGUUGACAUAUCUGCACGUUCUGCAAUGCUCCAUUAUCGCUCCUCUCUUCUUCAGGCUCUGGGCACAGUGGUCUUCUCCCCCAUGCUGCUAACAGGAGCGUCGGAGCAGAAGCAGUCAGUCAUAGUGGAGCUGUAUUCUGAAUUCAAAGAUAAUUCCUACAACCCCACUGUUGGAGCCAUCAUUGAGAUCCAUUCCCAGCAUAUUCAGAUCUACAGAGCUCAUCUCUACAUCUUCGCUCACUUUACAGGCAUCAGGUACCUGCUGUAUCACUUCCCCCUGAUAUCAGCGCUGAUCGGGGUGAUGAGUAACUUUACUUUCCUCAGUUUGAUCAUCGUUCUCAGCUUCCUGCAGUUUAAUCUGGGUGGUCGCAGGACUCGUGGAAAGGCUGUUAUGCAACAAGAGGAAAAUAAUGAGCCAGAUGACCUGAAUGAUCAGUCUGAACCCCAGGAUGAAGGAAAGGCAGCAGAAAGUUUCGAUGACAGAGGGUACAAUUCAGUGGAGGUGGAAGAAUCCAUUCCAGAUGUAGGGGUGGAGGAGAGUGACGAUGACUCCAGAGAACUCGCUGAAGAUGAACCCACCUGUGAGGCUGGGGAUGGAGAAAUGAUUUUGAGGCACAGGAAUUUGUCACAGAACAUGUUACAGUCAUCUCAAGCGUUAACAGACACCACAGAUAAAACUUAUCAAAACAGUUUUGGUGUCUGUUCAAGCUGCUAGAGAGCAAAUGGAGCGGUCUACUAAAUGAGGAUAAAGGUUAUGAAAAGCAAAGGCCAAAGGAUUUCAUAGAUUUGGUAACAAUGCCCUUGUUUUUAAAAAUGUGGACUUGAUGCUAGCCCUAAUCACUUGUAUCAUUGUAAAAAAAAUUAUCAAGACAACCACGAAUAUUCAGUAUAGUAACCACUUAUUGUCUACCAAAUAUUGACAUAACUGGUACUGUAUAUCCAAAACUGACCUUUCUAGACAUAUCCUUUGUUGUUGUUGUUCUUAUUAUUAUUAUAUUCCACAACACUGAAAACAGUGAGACUGUGCCAAUAAAUACCCAAAGAGGGAGAAUGUCA